AUGGCCCCAGGCACCAGCCGGUCAAAAUUCCCCCGAAGCCCGCUUCGCUUCUAUGGCACUGCGGGGUCCGAGGAUAGCGAGCCCGUACUCAUUCUCCCAGGCCAGACGGUUCUAGGGUUAUCCGGGAACAAUGCCAAUGGCCUGUUUCUCGUAUUGAACGCGCAGAGUUUAGACCAGAGUCAACAAUCGUCGCGUGUCUCGCUCGCCUUCUUCCUGGUAUUUUCGUCCAUGAAUGGUUGGUUGGUCGCUAGUUGGAGAAUAUUGCGCCCUUUCGAGGAACGACUCCAUGUGACUUCGGGCCUCGAGCGGACCAGCCUCGGGCGAAUCAUCGCCGAAACAACCCGUGGGCAAUACCCAAGCCGCACUAUGCCGAUUUGCGAGAGACGAGACGUUCGGCAAGCCGCUAGUCGACACUAA